ACCCUGGCCUGUUUGUUAAUUUGACACAGGUGAAUGGUGUCCAUCCAGAAUGCCGAUUUCAGUUGGAGAUUCACAAGGAGGAAACAAGGUGCAUGGAACUUCUAAAGAAUGCAAAGCCAGUGGACUACAAGGGAUGUGUUGGAGUUUGGGAUAACAUCACCUGUUGGCGUCCUGCGAAGAUUGGAGAGACUGUCACUGUCCCUUGUCCAAAAGUAUUUAGCCUUUUUUCUGGCAAACCAGGAAAUAUUAGCAAAAAUUGUACGAGUAAUGGGUGGUCAGAUAUUUUUCCUGACAUCUUAAGUACUUGUGGAUAUAAUGACUAUGAGGAUGAUUAUAAGGUCAACUUCUAUGUAAGAGUGAAGGCAAUUUAUACCCUUGGACACAGUGUAUCUCUGAUUGCUCUUACAACAGGAAGUAUAAUUCUUUGCCUUUUCAGAAAACUUCAUUGUACUCGGAACUACAUCCAUCUGAACCUGUUCCUCUCUUUCAUUCUAAGAGCAAUCUCUGUUUUAGUCAAGGAUGAUAUUCUCUAUUCCAGCUCCAACACAGCUCACUGUCCAGAGGAUCAAACCUCAUGGGUAAUAAAUCUCAUUUUCUACCUGUCUGCAAUGGGUAUUCCGUCAGUGGAUACAAAGUCCAGAG